AUGCAGACAGACACCUUCCCCAAAAGCACAGGGGGCGGAGGUCUGUGCAGUAAACAGCCCCAGGCUCCAGGCCUGACUAUAAGAGGCGUUCAGGGGCAGCGGGACACCAGUGCAGAGAUGAAGACAGCUGCAGUGAUCCUGCUUCUCCUGGGGGUGGCGCUCUACUCUGCCCACGCCAAGAACUGCAAGGGGAAAGACAUGAAGGUGGAAGUCGUCUCAGCCGUUUUAUCCCCAGAACACGAUGACGUCAAGACAAAAGAGUCGGCACUUCUGCUGAAUGUGCACUGGCCUCUCGUCGCACUGGAGGCUAAACCACCUUCAGGAGCGAGAUCCUGGUCCAGUCCCUUUCAUAAGUUCGGGGACACAGAUCAAACUCCUCGGGGCCUGCGCAGUCGCUCCAAGUUGGACACUGGAGAAGAGACGGACGACACAGGACACACUGCCAAAGGGAACGCGACCUUCCCGAGCACCUACGUCACGGUGACGCCCAGACCCUCGUACUUCCUGCCGGGGAGAUUUCGAAAGACGCAGAGCAAGUCCAGCAGGAACCAUAUGCUCAUGGACUGUGUGACGGGGCUAAAGAGCGGCUUUCGAUGGUGCCAAAAACUGGGGGUUAAACUCUACUACAAAAUAAAGUGCUGA